AUGGUUGUUACCACUCUCCAUUCCAGGGUUCUGGAUGAGCUCUGCUGCAACGAACGUACCGACUUGAUGGACUCCAUCGACACCCUCCGCUCUCAAGGCAUCAAUCAUUUUGUCUCCCUUCCCCAAAUCAUUGUUUGCGGAGAUCAAUCUUCAGGCAAAAGUUCUGUUCUGGAAGCCAUAUCUGGUGUUUCAUUUCCCAUCAAAAGCAAUCUCUGCACUCGUUUUCCUACAGAGCUUGUCUUGCGCCGAACACCUCAGGCGAGUGCCAGUGUUUCCAUCGUACCUCACCAUUCCAGGCCUGAUGUCGAAAAGACGGCGCUCGCAGGCUUUCACGAAGAACUCAAAAGCUUUGACGGCUUAUCCAAUCUGAUUGAAGCUGCCAAGUCAGCAAUGGGGAUCACAUCUCAUGGAAAAGCAUUCUCAAGAGAUCUUCUCCGCGUCGAAAUUUCCGGACCAGAUCGGCCACACCUCACCAUUGUGGACUUGCCAGGGCUGAUUCACUCUGAGACCAAGAGCCAGUCGGCAUCCGACGUGGGCCUCAUCCAAGAGGUCGUAGAGUCCUACAUGAAGGAGCCACGAAGUAUCAUUCUGGCUGUUGUCUCAGCCAAGAACGACUUUGCGAACCAGGUGGUGCUCAAACUGGCCCGGUCUGCGGAUUCUUCGGGUAAUCGCACACUUGGUGUCAUAACCAAGCCCGAUACUUUGCAUCCAGGCUCUGGAAGCGAGUCACAGUACCUUUCUCUGGCUCGAAAUCAAGAGGUUGAGUUUCGUCUUGGCUGGCACAUUCUCAAAAAUCAGGAUUCUGAGGCCACCUACGAACCACUAACGAAACGUGACGAGCGAGAGGCAGAGUUCUUCGCAAGGGGCAUCUGGACAGAUCUGCCAGAGUCACUCCUUGGGAUUAGCCAACUGCGCAACCGGUUGAGCAAAGUGCUCCUCAAUCACAUCACCGAAGAGCUACCCAGUUUGAUUGAAGAGAUUGAGACAAAGCGUGAUGGUUCUCGCAAAAGGCUCGAGAAGCUCGGUGUACCCAGGGAAACCUUGCAGGAGCAGCAGCGACACUUGAUUGGUAUCAGCGAAUCAUUCCAGCGACUUGUUCGAAGCGCUGUCGAUGGUAAUUGGGAUGAUCUCUUCUUCAGUGAUGAGAAGUCGACCCACAGCUAUGGACGACGCAUUCGGGCCGUCAUUCGGAACCUGAAUGAAGAUUUCGCGAAAGUCUUGGCUACUCAGGGCCAACGUCGUCAUAUUGUUGAUUCCAAUCACGAAUGCGCACUAGGAACAUGCCUUCAUGUCAGUCGAGAUGACUUUGUCGAUUACAUUCGAGAGAAGAUACGCACCUCGCGUGGACGAGAACUUCCAGGCCUGUUCCAUCCCAUGGUUGUCGCCGAUAUAUUUCGUGAACAAGCAGGGCCGUGGGAAGAGUUGACUCGAAGGCAUGUGCGUGGAUGCUGGCAGGCAUGUCGCAAGUUCCUCAAACACGUCAUCGCUCAUGUUGCCGAUGCCGGGACGUCGUCGGCAAUCCUUCACAAGAUAUUGCAGCCUACCAUGGAUACAAUUUUGAGGGAACUCGAUGCCAAAACUGGAGAGAUCUUGGCGCCUCAUCAGAAGAGUCAUCCUAUCACAUACAAUCACUACUUCACAGAUACCAUUCAGCGUGUCAGAAGAGAGAGAGGCCGAGCGCAAACGGCGACGGUAUUGCGAGGAUUCUUCAGUGUCUCGGAUCUCAAUGUCAAUACAUAUCUAUCGGACACAUACAACCUUGAUAAUCUGCUCAAGUUGUUGACUGGGGAUGAUGCUGAGCCAGACAUGCAUCGAUUUGCGGCAUCAGAGGCGCUAGACCAGAUGGACGCGUAUUAUAAGGUUGCCAUGAAGCGAUUCCUGGAUGAUAUUGCUGUCCAGGUAAUCGAGGUUGUGCUUCUGGCUGCACUUCCGGCUAUACUGUCCCCAGUCAAGAUCUUCGAGAUGUCAUCUGAACUGAUUGCUCGAAUCGCUGGUGAAAGCGAGGACACACGCGCUCAGAGACAUCAACUCAUGAAGCAAGUUGUGGUGUUGAGCAAAGGCAUAGAAGUCUGCAAGGAAUUUGUCGUGUUCAAGGACAAUGAUACAGUGCCGCUUUCUGUGAGAGAGGGACAAGAAGAAGAAGAUGAUGAUGAUUACCAGACUGGUGAUCUCAACCCGCUUUCUGAGAAACCUGAAACGCAACGGCCAGCGAGUGCACUUCCGGUGGUUGUCCAAACUUCGUCUCACGCAUCACCAACGGCCAAAGGCAUAGAUCUGCAUCAAACGACUGAAAUUGCAGAGGACCUUGCACCCGACGUAUGGGGCCUUACAUAUUCCAAAACAAAAAAGAUAAAGAAGGCGGCGAAAAAGAAGGUACCAACAAAAGAUGCUUUCUGCUGGGAGUAG